AUGGGUUCAGUUUCUCAUCCGCCACAUUUUGAUGGCGACAACUACGCUGCAUGGAAGGCAAAGAUGAAAUCAUUUCUCUGGGCACUUGACGAUAGAGUGUGGCUUGCGGUUGAAGAAGGCUGGGAACCUCCAACAGUUGAAGAAACCAAAGGCGAAGGACAGUCUUCUGUCACUAUUUCUAUGCUUAAGCCUAGAAAGGUAUGGAGUGAAGAUGAACGCAACUCUAGCACAUUCAAUCAAAGAGCAUUGAAUGCGUUGUUCACUGCCGUUUCGCCUGAGCAAUUUAACUACAUCAGUAAAUGCUCAACGGCGAAAGAAGCUUGGGAUAUUCUUGAAGUUACUCAUGAAGGUAACUCCACUGUCAAAGAAUCCAAGCUUCAAAAUCUCAUCACACAAUUUGAAAAUAUCAAAAUGCUAGAUGAUGAGAGUUUUUCUGACUUUUAUGCUAAACUUAGUGUAAUUGUCAAUGGUUGUCACAAUCUUGGUGACAGCAUCCCAGAACAUAGAGUUGUUAAGAAAAUUCUAAGGUCUCUUCCUUCUAGGUUUCAUGCGAAAAGGACAGCUAUAGAAGAAUCGAAAGAUUUAAACACCUACAAGUUGGAACAAUUGAUUGGGUCAUUACAAACAUAUGAGUCUGACUUUACUGAAGUCAAGAAAGGAAAAAAUGUAGCCUUCAAAGUCAAUAAUGAAAAAGUGAAUGAGGAUUCAUUUGAAAACCUGACUUAA